GGUGAUCCACAUCCACAGCAGCAGGAGGGGUGAGGUGGCCAGCCGCUGAUCCACCGGUAUCAUGGCUUCCUAACAGGAGGGGGAACCGAUUGAGAGGAAAACAAGGGAUUUUUGCUGUAUGCCCGACAGAUUUGCUAUCGCCCUUUCAAGAACCUGAGAUUGGGACAGAAGGGACUCGGCCUCCCUUUUACCCCCCCCCCACGCGGCCGCCCCCCCUGGGAUCCAGGAUAUACUUUUAAUUUUAUCGGUGAAUUUCCAUUCGUGAACCGUGGAAGAUGGCCGACCCGGCGGAGUGCACCAUCAAAGUGAUGUGCCGUUUUAGGCCCCUGAACAGCUCCGAGGUGACCAGGGGCGACAGAUACAUUCCCAAGUUUCAAGGGGAAGACACCGUCGUUAUCGGGGGUAAACCAUACAUGUUCGACAGAGUGUUUCAGUCAAAUACAACACAGGAACAAGUGUACAACGCCUGCGCCCAGAAGAUUGUAAAAGAUGUUCUGGAGGGAUACAACGGGACAAUUUUUGCAUAUGGACAGACGUCAUCUGGUAAAACACACACCAUGGAGGGGAAUCUCCAUGACACAGAUGCAAUGGGCAUCAUCCCCAGGAUAGUUCAAGACAUUUUCAACUACAUCUAUUCCAUGGACGAAAACCUGGAGUUUCAUAUCAAAGUCUCAUAUUUUGAAAUCUACUUAGACAAGAUCCGGGACCUUUUGGACGUGUCGAAGACCAAUUUGUCAGUGCAUGAAGACAAAAACAGAGUACCCUACGUCAAGGGCUGCACUGAGAGAUUUGUCUGCAGCCCAGAGGAAGUCAUGGACACAAUCGAUGAAGGCAAAUCUAACAGACAUGUAGCAGUCACAAACAUGAACGAGCACAGCUCCAGGAGUCACAGUAUCUUCCUGAUAAAUGUCAAACAGGAGAACACUCAGACAGAGCAGAAGCUCAGUGGCAAACUCUACCUGGUGGAUCUGGCUGGUAGUGAAAAGGUCAGUAAAACAGGAGCAGAGGGAGCUGUGCUGGACGAAGCCAAGAACAUCAACAAGUCUCUGUCGUCCCUGGGAAACGUCAUCUCUGCUCUGGCUGAAGGAACGGCCUACAUCCCAUACCGAGACAGCAAGAUGACCCGUAUCCUGCAGGACUCGCUGGGUGGUAACUGUCGAACCACCAUUGUUAUCUGCUGCUCGCCUUCCUCCUUUAAUGAGGCCGAAACCAAAUCCACUCUCAUGUUUGGACAAAGAGCAAAGACUAUCAAGAACACAGUCACUGUGAACAUUGAGCUGACAGCAGAGCAGUGGAAGCAGAAGUAUGAGAGGGAGAAGGAGAAGAAUAAGACCCUGAGGAACACCAUCACCUGGCUGGAGAACGAGCUCAACCGCUGGAGGAAUGGUGAGAGCGUGCCGGUGGAGGAGCAGUUCGACAAGGAGAAGGCCAACGCCGAGGUGCUGGCGCUGGACAACAUACUCAACGACAAGCCAGCCUCCACGCCCAACGUGCCCGGUGUUCGCCUCACCGAUGUGGAGAAGGACAAGUGCGAGGCUGAGCUGGCCAAGCUUUACAAACAGCUGGAUGAUAAGGAUGAGGAGAUCAACCAGCAGAGCCAGCUGGCAGAGAAGCUGAAACAGCAGAUGCUGGACCAGGAGGAGCUUCUAGCCUCCUCCCGCCGCGAUCACGAGAACCUCCAGGCAGAGCUGAACCGCCUGCAGGCGGAGAACGAGGCCUCCAAGGAGGAGGUGAAGGAGGUGCUGCAGGCUCUGGAGGAGCUGGCCGUCAACUACGACCAGAAGAGCCAGGAGGUGGAGGACAAGACCAAGGAGUUUGAGGCCAUCAGCGAGGAGCUCAGCCAGAAAUCGUCCAUCCUGUCGUCUCUGGACUCUGAGCUCCAGAAGCUGAAGGAGAUGUCCAACCACCAGAAGAAGAGGGUGACUGAGAUGAUGUCGUCGCUGCUCAAAGAUUUAGCCGAGAUCGGCAUUGCGGUGGGCAGCAAUGACAUCAAGCAACACGAGGGCGGCAGCGGUCUGAUAGACGAGGAGUUCACGGUGGCUCGUCUCUACAUCAGCAAGAUGAAGUCCGAAGUGAAGACCAUGGUGAAACGCUGCAAGCAGCUGGAGAGCACCCAGUCGGAGAGCAACAAGAAGAUGGAUGAGAACGAGAAGGAGCUGGCCGCCUGCCAGCUGCGCAUCUCCCAGCACGAGGCUAAAAUCAAGUCCCUGACCGAGUACCUGCAGAACGUGGAGCAGAAGAAGAGGCAGCUGGAGGAGAACGUGGACUCUCUCAAUGAGGAACUCGUCAAGCUCAGCGCUCAGGAGAAAGUCCAUGCUAUGGAGAAAGAGAAUGAGAUCCAGACUGCCAAUGAAGUCAAGGAAGCGGUGGAGAAGCAGAUUCACUCCCACCGUGAAGCUCACCAGAAACAGAUCAGCAGCCUGAGAGACGAGCUGGACAACAAGGAGAAACUCAUCACUGAGCUGCAGGAUCUGAACCAGAAGAUCAUGCUGGAGCAAGAGAGGCUCAGAGUGGAGCACGAGAAACUCAAAUCCACCGACCAGGAGAAGAGCCGCAAACUACAUGAGUUGACGGUGAUGCAGGACAGACGGGAGCAGGCCAGGCAGGACCUGAAGGGUCUGGAAGAGACAGUGGCCAAGGAGCUGCAGACUCUGCACAACCUGAGGAAACUCUUUGUCCAGGAUUUGGCCACCAGAGUGAAAAAGAGCGCUGAGAUGGACUCAGACGACACAGGUGGGAGUGCUGCUCAGAAACAGAAAAUCUCCUUUCUUGAGAACAAUCUUGAGCAGCUCACCAAGGUUCACAAACAGCUGGUUCGUGACAAUGCAGACCUGCGCUGUGAGCUUCCUAAACUGGAAAAGCGUCUUCGUGCUACGGCUGAGCGGGUCAAGGCCCUGGAAUCUGCUCUGAAGGAGGCCAAGGAGAACGCCGCCCGCGACCGCAAGCGCUACCAGCAGGAGGUGGACCGCAUCAAGGAGGCCGUCAGAGCCAAGAACAUGGCCAGGAGGGGACAUUCGGCCCAGAUCGCCAAACCCAUCCGGCCCGGGCAGCAGCCGGUGGCGUCUCCCACUCACCCCAACAUCAACCGCAGCGGGGGAGGCUUCUACCAGAACAGCCAGACGGUGUCCAUCAGGGGAGGAGGCAGCGGCAAACCGGACAAGAACUGAAGAGCGGCGGGAUCAGAAGGACAGCACCACAGAAGAAGCCAAUAUCACGGCCCCCCCCCCCCCAACAACAACAACCCCGCCCACCCUGACAACCUGUCAUUCCAUUACAGCGAACAGGCUCCUCGUCGCUGCUUUUGGAGCCAAGAAGGAGUUUCAGAAUUAUAAAUAUAUAUAUAUAAAUAUUCCUGGCCUGUACAGCUCCAACCCCCGACCCCCUCCCCCACCCCACUCCUCUCUCCUCCCCCCUCAACCACCUUCACCAACUCCCCCACUUCCCCCCCUUAAAUUCUCACCAUGACUUAUCUCUUUUUCUCGUACUGGAUAUAAUAAAAUUUUAAAAAAAAGGACAACAAAUUUAAUUUACAAAAGGCAAGAUAAUAUUCUUAUCCACCGAACCAAACGCAGUCUUGAGCGCAGCCUCGGCGAGCGAAACCGCGACUCAAACGUGUAGCUUCGGGUUUUUUUUUUUUUGUUUUUUUUUUUUUUUGUUUGUUUUUUUUUUUUUGUUGUUGUUAUUGCACAGUCUGUUGUCAUCUGUCGUCAUCGUGCGAGUAGUUCUGCACUGUGCCAAGCUGAAUGUAACGGUAGCAAGAUCCGAAAAAAUUAAACACCUAAAACACAAAAAAACAAAAAAAAUAAAAGGAGACCCUACCAAGAGAAAUAGCUUGACCCUAUAGGCUAACCUCUGUACAUUUCAUCAUUACUAUUAUUGGUUGUUAACCACACUUUUCUCUGGCUAGAUUUUACAUGCUUCUUUAAGGAAAAAAACUACAAAAAAAACAGUGAGGUUUUGAAUUGACUAGAUGGCGUCGAGCACUACUGUUCUGUCCGGUCUUGUUGUACAGAUGUAAAAUUGGCACUACUGCACAGGCCUCCCUGGAGAGAGCAGGGGGGGGCUACAGAAAAAAAGAAGGAUUUAAAAGAUAAAAAUAAAAAAAGCCAAGACGUGCGACAGUGUACUGUAGAUGUAUUUAACUAAAUACCUGUGGAGGCCAAUUGUUUUUAUCAUUAAGUUAAAAUAAAACCUAUACUCGUUAUUGGUGACUUCAUGAGAAGGAUGUAAAGAAUGUAAAGGAAGGAAGGAAGGAGGAGAAUGAUCCGGUUAACAUAACAAACUUCCACCUUUUAGCAUAGCCUAUGCUAAGUAGCUAACUGUACUGUUUUUACUCCUCUCAGUGGUUGAUAAUGCUGUGUUAAUGGACGCUAUUUAUAUCUCUCUGCACACUUGGAGCGCAUAGACUGCAGGCAUAUAGACUGAGAUAGCACACACAACGCUCGUCCUGUCCUAGCUGGGUCGCUGUCACUCACUCAUCUCCCUUCACUCGCAUAUUUAGGACCUUUUUGUUUUGGUUUUUUUAGUCGUAAACCUGACCUGUCAGGAACUGUUUGAUCCCGUGAUUUCUUUUCAAGGGUGCCUCGCUUCUCUCUCCCUCCCUCCCUCCCUCUCCCCAUAAAUAUAUUUUAUCCUCGUCUUCCCUCCACCUGUUUUGUCGUUUCUUAUAGAUUUUGGACCUGUAACUGUACGUGCCCCUUUGGUUGUAAAUUUGCAGAAAGCGAUGUGUUUUGCUGGGUUUUACGUUGUACUGUAUCUCUUUCAUUGUUUCCACAUUUGACAAAAAAACAAAAAAAAGAGGGGGGAGCGGCGGGCAGGUGGUGUCAGUCGAUGGGUGGGACCCUCGCCGCUGAUCAGCCAAUCAGGAGAGCAGGGUCUUAAAAUUGCACAACAAUUUUCUGUUUAUCAUCUGGAGGAAGGGUUUAUUUAACUAAAUCUAGUCAGGGGUGUAGGAUUUAUUUUGUGUUCUGUUGUCUUUGUUGUAUUUUUUUAGUGUAUCUUUUUCAUUUUAAUUCCCACCACAGUUUUUUUUGUUUUGUUUUGUUUUUUCUGUUUUUGUUUUUAAAACCCUGUGAAGCCCCGGUGCAUUGGCGAAGAGCUUGUUGUGAUUGUAAACCCCAGCAUGAGAACACUAACAUCUUGUGCAAGUGCAAUAUACUGUAAAAUACACUGUAUAUCAGUCGACCGGCAGGUGCGAUCAGGGUUGUCUAAAGCAGCAGUAAUCCUGCCAUAUGAAGUCAAAGUCCUGCCCCUCCUCUCUGUUUCACUGUUUCUUUUAUUGCUCUUUCUGAAAAGCUCAAACAAAAAAACAGGAGUUUUUCUGCCAAUAUUUAAAGAUAAACGAGUAUCUAUUGCAGUUAACUCCCACUUACGACCCAGUACAGUGUUAUAUAUUUAAAUUAGAAUAUAACCAGUGAUAUUUCACUUUUUAGACAGAUGAAUUAAAGAAACCUCCUUUGGGAAAACAGCAUUUUUGGCUGAGACUAGUGAAACAAAUCCAGCUCGAAAAGAGGAGACAGGAGUUUGGCUUCCUCGAGUCAGAUGUCAUACUAAAACCUGUCAUCUUGUAACAGGAAAGUUGGAUUUAAAAGCACUUCUUCACAAUAUCUGCACUCAGAAGGAAAAGAAAAACACUCCAUAUGUGGCUGUUUUUUUUUGACUGGAGGGAAAAAAAAAUACAAGUUUCCAAAGCCCUGUAAAUGGAACUGUUUGUUGACCGCAAAAUAAUUUAAGUAGUAAUAAUAAUUACUCUCUACGAGCUGCCGGGAGGAGUAGCUCCCACGUAUCUACGACAGGACAGUGUUUGGUGUCUAUCGAGAUGGUUUAUUCCCUCUGUGUAAUCUUCUAGAUUAGUUAAGCCUUCGCAGCAUGGACCUCAAAAUGUUUAUCCUUUGACCUUCCACCAAAACUUGACAUGAAAUGGGGAAAAAAAUAGUCAAUAAAAACAGCAAAGAAAUACUUGUGGUGUGUUCUGAAAUUAAAUUGAAUUUUGCAUUAAUUCUAAAUUAAAAAAAACAAAAAGUGAAUCCACUUUUUUUUUUAUUACUGUGUAAUAAUAGUUGGUCAAUUUUUAAAGGACAGUUUUGAGGAUCCAUCAGUGGACAAGGUACUGGAUCAUUCCUGGAGAACUGGGGCACAAAAAGCAGGGCUCUGAUACGGACGGAGAUGGGAAGUUAAUGAGAUCACAGUUUUGGAUUGACUGCAUGAUGUAAAUGUAUGUGUGAUUAAAUAAUUAUGAGGAAAAAAAACAACGUCUUCCAUCCCUCUGUCCCUUUAUGUGUUUGGUGUGAGUGAAGCGAAAAUGCUGGAGUGUUGUCAUGCUCACACAUGGAUUUCCUGUAACGUUGAUACUGAUGAUCUUGUAGAAAAGUUAAUUAAUUAUGGAGAAUAUACAUCAUAUAGCCAAU